AGUGAUGCGCCGCGACUCGGACGCGCAGCGCUGAGCUCCAACACACACACACGCGCGCACACACACACGCACAGACCAGCGGACGGAUAGUCUUCCUCCUCUCCGCGGCGGCGCUUUUGGAUGCGUCCGGACCGAAGCGCAGGUUUGGUCCCAGCGUGAGAGCCAGGAGCCGCCUCCACAGCAUGAGGAUUCGCCCGAGACUCUGACCAGCCACCGCCGGACACCACGCUGCGACUGACAUGGAGCGAAGGAAGGUCUGCCUGCUGAUGGCGCUGUGGGCCAUGCUUCAGCUCAGCUCACCUGGGUCUGGGCUCCGAGCCCCGAGGAGGACUACAGGGGGGCACAGGGCGGGUCUGACGGGGCAGGACGCCAACGGAGUGCCGCUGAGAAGAUCCAAGCGAGGUUGGAUGUGGAACCAGUUCUUUCUACUGGAGGAGUACACCGGGACGGACAUGCAGUACGUGGGGAAGCUCCACUCGGACUCGGACCGAGGCGACGGCAGCACGCGCUACGUCCUGACGGGGGAAGGCGCCGGGACUCUGUUCAAGAUCGACGAGAAGUCGGGCGACAUCCACGCCACCAAGAGGCUGGACCGCGAGGAGAAGGCCUUCUACGUGCUGCACGCCAAGGCCGUCAACCGCUUCACCAACGAGGCGCUGGAGGGCGAGUCCGAGUUCAUCAUCAAGAUCCAUGACAUCAACGACAACGAGCCGCGCUUCACCAGAGACCCCUACAUGGCCCGGGUGCCCGAGAUGGCCGACAUCGGCACGUCGGUGAUCCAGGUGACGGCGACGGACGCCGACGACGCCACCUACGGGAACAGCGCCCGGGUGGUCUACAGCAUCCUGGAGGGGCAGCCCUACUUCUCCGUGGACCCGGAAACAGGCCUGAUCAAGACGGCGCUGCCCGGGAUGGACCGGGAGGUGAAGGAGAACUACCAGGUGGUGAUCCAGGCCAAGGACAUGGCGGGCCAGAUGGGCGGGCUCUCCGGAACCACCACCGUCAGCAUCACGCUCUCCGACGUCAACGACAACCCGCCUCGCUUCACCAAGACUGUGUACGACUUCCCCGUGCCCGAGUCCCUGGAGCUGGGCUCGGUGAUCGGGGUGAUCCGGGCCAUGGACGCGGACAUCGGGGAGAACGCAGAGAUGGACUACAGGAUCAUCGGCAGCGACGGCCCGGGCACCUUCGAGAUCACGGCCAAUCGCUCGUCGCAGGACGGCGUCAUCCGGCUGCGGAAGCCGCUGGACUUUGAGAAGAAGCGUCAGUACAGCCUCCGGGUCCAGGUGGAGAACGUCCACAUCAACCAGCGCUUCCUCAACAUGGGCCCGUUCAGGGACGAGGCCACCGUCAGGAUCAGCGUGGAGGACGUGGACGAGCCGCCCGUCUUCGAGCGGCCGGGCUACGUGAUGGAGGUGAAGGAGGACGCCGCCAGGAACACCAUCCUGGGCUCGGUCAGCGCCUCCGACCCCGACAUCAAGCACAGUCCGGUCAAGUACUCCAUCGACCGACGCACCGACAUGGACCGAGUGUUCAACAUCCACGCCGGGAACGGCUCGCUCUUCCUCCUCCGGGAGCUGGACCGGGAAGAGAAGGCCUGGCACAACAUCUCCGUCCUCGCCACUGAGUUUAACAACCCUCGCCAGAUCAGCCGCGUGCCGGUCUACAUCAGAGUCCUGGACGUCAAUGACAACGCUCCCACGUUCGCCGCCAAUUACGAGACCUUUGUGUGCGAGAACGCCAAAGCUAAUCAGAGGAUCCAGACCAUCAGCGCCACAGAUCCAGACGAACCAGUCGGAGGUCACCGAUUCUUCUUCGCUCUGGCGCAGGAGGCCGCUGGGAAGGCAAACUUCUCCGUGCGGGACAACAAAGACAACACGGCGUGGAUCCUGACCCGCAGGAACAGCUACAACAGCCUGCAGAAGAGCGUCUACCACGUGCCGGUGGUCAUCUCGGACGGAGAGUACCCCAUGCAGAGCAGCACCAACACGCUGACCGUCCGUGUCUGCACCUGCGACCGCGAGGGGAACAUGAAGCUGUGCAACGCCGAAGCCCUGGCGGCGCGGGCCGGCCUCAGCACCGGCGCCCUGGUGGCCAUCUUGCUCUGCGUCCUCAUCCUGCUCAUGAUCGUGGUUCUGUUUGCCGCCCUCAGAAGGCAGCGCAAGAAGGAGCCUCUGAUCAUCUCCAAGGAGGACGUGCGGGACAACGUGGUCAGCUACAACGACGAGGGCGGCGGCGAGGAGGACACGCAGGCGUUCGACAUCGGCACACUGCGCAACCCCGAGGCCAUCGAGGAGAGCAAGCAGAGGCGGGACAUCGUACCCGAGACCUUCUACCCUCCGGUGCGCAGGCCCGUGCUGCCACCGCCGUGUCGGGACAAUAACGGGGACGUGCGGGACUUCAUCACCCAGAGGCUCCAGGAGAACGACAGCGACCCCACCGCACCACCUUACGACUCCCUGGCCACCUACGCCUACGAGGGCAACGGCUCGGUGGCCGAGUCGCUCAGCUCGCUGGAGUCGGCGACCACAGAGGGGGACCAGGACUACAACUACCUGAGCGAAUGGGGGCCGCGAUUCAAGAAACUGGCGGACAUGUACGGAGGCGAGGACAGCGACAGGGAUUCUUAACAAGCUGGUCGGACUCCAGCGCCACCAGCUGUCCCUCCGGAGAGCAGAAUUAGGCUUCGUGUGUCCCGUCAGUGGUAGUUGCGUUUCUUUUACGAGGGCACGGUGAACAGACUUGUCUUCGUGCGUGUGUAUCCGGGCGUCCCCAUCGUGUAUCUACAGAUUUUCUUUUCCAAAGCUGCCUGUGACGGACUCGCUCCUGUGGAACCAACAGAUUUUCAGUGUCUCGGGCACAAACAUGCUGCAUAUUGUGAUCUUAGCUGGUGUACUCUGAACACUGUACAGUCUCUUGUCAAGGCCGUCCAAGCGCGCGCUCGCCCGCCCGCCUGCGGACUGCAUCUCUCGUGACGAUGUGACGGAGGAGGAAAAUGUCAGGGGUGGCCAUGUGACUCCCUCACCAUCCGGCUGAAUGUCACCGCCGUCUUCUCACACUCUCCCUUCCUCCCCGGCCACGUUGACACAAGCUCAGUGCUCAGUUUCGGAACCAGGUGGGCCUGGACGCGGAGUCCUCCAUCCCGGGACGCAGCUGGGGCUUCAGCAGGCGCAAACAAGGUGAUUUUCACCUCGUGGUUUCAGUGCCAGACCCGAGUCAGGGCGGUCAGUCAAGCCUCCGCUGUCUGACCAAGUCUCACAUAUGAGACGUCUCUUGACACUCACGUGGUCGGUCUGGGGUGCGCAGGACAGCAACAGCUAACAUUUAGCUACAAUAUGGAAGUGGUUUGCCCGAAUCCUCUCAGCAGAGGUGAGGUCUCCUCACCACAGCGAACGUUCUCCGGCUCCACAUGAUAAGGGGAUGCUAUACUUCUCCUUCCUUGAGAAAAGUCCUCCAUCAGGAUGGCGAGAAGAAUCGGCUCCAGUGGUCGCUGAAGACGAGAAGAAGCCAGGCUAGUCCAUCCUUGGACAUGUGUGUUCUGUGGCAGGUCCCAACAGGUCACCACCCUUUGAGGAGCCACACUGCUUCCUGUUUGCCACAACAAACACUAUCCUUGAAGACAUUCCCCUUGGGUUACCAUAGCAACCAUUCCGUCAUGAACAGACUUGGCUGUUCGUACACCAUUGCUAGCCACUGCGCUUGGCAGAGUCUCCUGUCGAGCUCAGCUCCUGAGGCUAGUUCAAAUCAUGGCGUGCAAACCAGUGUCAGUGUUCGGCAGCGACCAGACAGCACCGUGAGAAACCGCCGUGUCUGCUUUAGGACACUGAGCGGAAGUUGCCUUACAUGAAACCGGACGUUCCUCCAUGGAUUCUUGCGUUGGCAAACAAUCGGAGGGGUUGUGUCCUUGAGGAGCUUUGUGGAAUGUAAAAAUGUAAAAUAGCACUCGCUCACAGAAAGGUGCCAAACAUGGCCCAUUAACGUGGCGCCGGAAUUCAGAGUCAAUGGGACCGACAGCCGCUUGGGCUCUUAUCUGCAGCCACCUUUGACCCCGGUGGAUAAGGGAGUGGGCUUCGUCCACGACCAAGGUCCAAACAGUCUGCAGGGGAAAACAUGGUGGAACAGCAGUUUGAAUCUUCGUCCCUCCUCACGCAGUAACCGACUCCAUCAAGAUGGCGGUCCUACACGUGACCGAGUCACAGCACGGCUUGUUAUUGGACCCUAGUAGUGGCCUGACUGCGGUCUGACAACCCCAUGGAUAAUCACAUGCUGAAAACAUUAAACAGGAAGUGCUCCGGGGAUCAUAUGUUCCAACUUCCUGGUUCUGUGGUGGGACCCGGCUGCAAGGCGCCACUCUGGGUCAAGCUUCAUGCCCGAGCUCCUGGCAAAAUAUAGUCGAGCCACAAGAUGACGAAAAAGAUGACGAAGAUGAUGAAUUCAAAAACAGUCCAAAAGCAGCAAGAACUAGAAAAGCACUCAGAAAGCGCAAACCUCCACCAGGCAGAUUCGACCGCUUACCUCCUUCCCCAUUACAGCCAGACCAACCCACCCAAAACAUAACAUUGACGUAGGCAUAAGCGGUUUAGGACCAAACCAAAAUGACAGCAACAACUCCAAGGUUCACCUGGUAAAAAAGGCAAAUGUUGGUGCUCCAGGAGCUGCUGGAGGUUCUGGCUCUGCCACUCAAAGUUCACAAAUCGUGCGCCGAGGCGGAAUCUUGGCCUCAUGACAGACGUGUCUCUGUCUCAUCUCUGUCUCCGGGUGAACGAGGACUCCUCGAAGCCAGCUGAAUGUCAGACGGUUGAGACCAGCCCCGUCGCUCACGUGCAGCGCAGCGGCACAGUUAGCGUGAACGAGGAUCCUGCUGCUACUGGGACCACUGAGGAGUUCCACGUUGUCACGCUCCAGUUCUCGACUGUCCAGGUUCAAAGAUGGCUAGCGUGGACCUACAACACCAGCCCAGUUGCCCCCACCCAGCCCGCCCCUUGUUUCCCUCACCGCCGGCGACUCUCCGGGUGUGAUAGAAUUGUGGUUGUCGAUGUGUAGACACAGUCGCUCACCUCUAUGAUGAUGUCGGUGCAAACGUGUGUGAGCACUUUUUCUUGGUGUCGGGGGUCGUCGGAGCGGGCCAGACUUCACCGGCCGUCAUCGAUCUGCUUUGUAAAACGUGAUAUUUUGUACUGAAUAUUUAUAUGACACAAUUAAACAUUUGGAAAACGGACUCAGGUGCCACGUCGCUGUUGCUCCUGCAGGUGGAAGCCUGGAGCGCCUUUGACCCUUCAGCAGAUCGUUUACGUGCGGCCAGUGACCUUUGGAGUCAACAUUAGCUGUAACUCAAACGCCGACAGCAACAUGGUCAGUGUUUACUGCUGAUGAGAAACAGGGGACACUGACAAAAGCACCAGAAAGAGAGGUAAAAGUUGAUAGAAAUAAAUGCAACGGUUGUCAACCUCCAUAAUAAAAGCAUCAUUUCAACGACAGUGAAUCAUGUAAAAAUGAUGAUUAACCCUGGUCAUGACUGUGCACCUCCAUCUGGCACAUUCAAGCGCCACCACACGCCGAAAC